GGAAGUUUAGGUUGGAUGUCGGGAACAAGUUUUUCGAAACGGAGAUUAGACAUUGGAAUGAGCUGCCAUGGGAGGUGGUGGAGUCCCCGUCCCUGGAGAUGUUUAAGAGAAGAUUGGAUGUGGCACUUGGUGCCAUGGUCUGGUUGCCAAGUGAGUGACAGUUGCUUCAGGAACCUUGCCGAGGAUCGUAGUGGGAUAAACCUUAAAGAUCUGGUCCAAGACCCUUCUUUGUUGGGUGGGACUAUAUCUGCAUACAAGAUAGUACCAGACGAAAUAGAAGAAAUCAAGGAGACGCUGAUAGAUUGGUGUGAUGAAAAGGAACUUAAUUUGAUUUUAACAACUGGAGGAACAGGCUUUGCACCGCGAGAUGUCACUCCAGAGAAAUUCCCAACAUUCCCAUUAUGUGGGCUCCAGAGAGGGGCUACUAAAGAAGUAAUAGAGCGAGAAGCCCCGGGGAUGGCCCUGGCAAUGCUGAUGGGAUCACUUAAYGUUACUCCUCUGGGUAUGCUCUCUAGGCCUGUGUGUGGAAUCAGAGGGAAAACUCUUAUAAUUAAUCUUCCAGGUAGCAAGAAAGGGUCACAGGAAUGCUUUCAGUUUAUACUGCCAGCCCUACCUCACGCCAUUGAUCUUUUGCGGGAUGCCAUUGUAAAAGUAAAGGAGGUACACGAUGAGCUUGAAGAUCUACCUUCACCACCACCUCCUCUUUCUCCUCCUCCAACCACCAGCCCUCACAAACAGACAGAAGACAAAGGAGUGCAGUGUGAGGAAGAGGAGGAAGAGAAGAAGGAUAGCGGAGUUGCCUCAACAGAAGACAGUUCUUCUUCACAUAUAACAGCAGCAGCCAUUGCAGCUAAGAAGCAUCCAUCCUACACCAGUUCAGCUGUUAUCAUGGCAAAAGGUGAACAGCCCAUCCCUGGUCUCAUCAAUUAUUGCCAUCACGCAGCAGGCAGUGCAGGAGAACUGAUUCCAGAUUCCAUCAUCUCUCGUGGUGUUCAGGUUCUCCCACGUGAUACAGCCUCCCUCAGUACUACUCCUUCAGAAUCUCCUCGUGCCCAAGCCACCUCUCGCCUCUCCACUGCAUCCUGCCCAACACCAAAACAAAUUAGACGGCCGGAUGAAAGCAAAGGAGUUGCUAGUAGAGUUGGAUCCCUCAAAGUCCAGUCUAGGUGCAGCAGCAAGGAGAACAUCCUCAGAGCAAGUCACAGUGCUGUUGACAUUACCAAGGUAGCAAGAAGACAUCGCAUGUCUCCAUUCCCAUUGACAUCUAUGGACAAGGCCUUCAUCACAGUUCUGGAGAUGACCCCAGUGCUUGGAACAGAAAUCAUCAAUUACAGAGAUGGAAUGGGCCGAGUCCUUGCUCAAGAUGUAUAUGCAAAAGAUAAUCUACCACCAUUUCCAGCAUCRGUAAAAGAUGGUUAUGCUGUCAGAGCUGCUGAUGGCCCAGGAGAUCGAUUCAUCAUAGGGGAAUCCCAGGCUGGUGAGCAGCCAACUCAGACUGUGAUGCCUGGUCAGGUAAUGCGUGUUACAACUGGUGCUCCAAUUCCGUGUGGUGCUGAUGCAGUGGUGCAAGUGGAAGAUACAGAGCUCAUCAGGGAAUCAGAUGAUGGCACUGAAGAACUGGAGGUUCGAAUCCUGGUGCAAGCUCGACCAGGCCAAGAUAUCAGACCCAUAGGACAUGACAUUAAAAGAGGUGAAUGUGUGUUGGCUAAAGGAACACACAUGGGUCCAUCUGAGAUUGGUCUCUUAGCAACUGUUGGAGUAACUGAAGUAGAAGUUAACAAGUUUCCAGUGGUUGCAGUAAUGUCAACAGGGAAUGAGCUACUGAAUCCUGAGGAUGACCUCUUGCCAGGAAAGAUUCGGGACAGUAACCGUUCAACUCUCCUAGCUACAAUCCAAGAACAUGGCUAUCCAACAAUCAAUUUGGGAAUUGUGGGUGAUAAGAAGCCWGAUGUUUUUAAAGAAGAAGGGACACAGAGCUUCCAGAACACUGCGGAGACAGGCCUACCAGAUUGCCCAGAUGAUUUACUGAAUGCACUGAAUGAGGGUAUCAGCCGUGCUGAUGUGAUCAUUACAUCAGGAGGUGUAUCUAUGGGGGAGAAGGACUAUCUUAAACAGGUGCUGGAUAUUGACCUUCACGCACAGAUUCACUUUGGAAGAGUUUUUAUGAAACCAGGCCUGCCAACAACUUUUGCAACUCUGGAUAUUGACGGUGUAAGAAAAAUAAUCUUUGCGCUGCCAGGCAACCCUGUGUCAGCUGUYGUCACCUGCAAUCUCUUUGUUGUUCCUGCACUGAGGAAGAUGCAGGGUAUCCUGGAUCCUCGGCCCACCAUCAUCAAAGCCAGGUUAUCAUGUGAUGUAAAAUUGGACCCCCGCCCAGAAUAUCAUCGGUGCAUUCUGACUUGGCAUCACCAAGAACCACUACCUUGGGCACAGAGUACAGGGAAUCAGAUGAGCAGUCGUCUGAUGAGUAUGCGCAGUGCCAAUGGACUGUUGAUGCUACCUCCAAAGACAGAGCAGUAUGUGGAGCUUCACAAGGGGGAGGUGGUGGAUGUCAUGGUCAUUGGAAGGCUAUGAUGUCACCAGCAAGAGCGAAGCUUUGAUGCAUGUCCACAUAUCAUUGACUGUAUCCUGUAAUAUGCAACGGCACAGCUAGUUUUUCCGAUUUGGAUAAAAGUUGAUCAGUAUAGUCAACAUCUUGAAAUAUAUUUCAAAUGGAAUUUAAAUAAAUACCUUUUAAAAAAAAACCUUUAAAACAAAUCUUAACAAAGAAAUUUAUUCUGAUUAUAUCAAAGCAACUUUUUCCUUUUCUUGCAAUUGCUUUGUGUGUUCAAUGCUAGUUCUAAUAGCGGUAGCUUUUAGUAGACAGCAGUAGGUGCCUGCAGAACUUGUGUUUUUUCUCAUCUUUAAGAUACAACUACUUAUGCUCUUAAAACAAGGCUGUCUGCUUAUUUAUACUAGCGUAGACAACACUUGGAUUUCCCUUAUUAGUAUGCUUCAUAACCGCUUCACAGAGAGCUUCUGCUUGUUCUUUAUCUUGUAUCUCGUGUUGAUGUGCACAGUGCCAAAAGCGGAGUGGCUGCACUGGGAACCCAAUGAAGCCCCGAGGUUUUCUUACCUCGCUGCGCAUUCAGGGAURUCUCUUGUCCCGGCAGCCACCCAGCUCAGUACUCUUGGGCAGUAACUGGAUACCUUUUAUUUCAACAAACAAAAAAAUUGCUUCCUUAAGUGCUGACAGCCUUUUUAACCAAUACAUUUAAAGAUGUACAGAACUAAAAACUAAAAAAAAUCAAAGACUGAUCUUGUACAGAUAUUAGUGUUACCAGCAUUCGUGUGGAAAUUAAAUGAGCAGAGAAAUAAAACUAAUGUUAAACAACUCUGUACCAUAACAUUUUCUGUAAUGAUAUUGAAACUUAAAUGAAUAAAAAAAAUCCUCAAUCAUUAU